AUUGAUUUUGAUCUUGAACUUUUGUAGGCCUGGGUUCAUUUCUACCCGACAGUGGAUCAACAAAAAACAUGUGACAGCUGUGGAGACAAGGGUAUGAACGGAGAUCUGGUUAUAGUUUAUGACGUCAACAGAGACAGGUCACUGGGGGACAUCAAGACAUCAAGUGGAUAUUUCGUCCAUCACUUUGCUCCAUCGCAACUUGCCCGCAUUCCAAAGAAUGUUGUCUUUGUCAUUGAUAAAAGUGGUUCCAUGCGUGGCAAGAAAAUAGAACAGACCCGCACGGCAUUAAUCCAUAUCCUGAAUGACCUGGCAGAGGAUGACUUCUUUGGUCUCAUCACUUUUGAUAGCUCCCUGUAUUACUGGAAGCAAGAACUUGUUCAGGCCAACUCACAAAAUGUGAAAAGCGCCAAAGAAUUUGCAGGGAACAUUCGAGAGCAUGGAGGCACAAAUAUUAAUGAAGCAUUGUUGGAUGGAUCACGUAUGUUGAAUGAGAACCCGAGGAAAGGUUCGGCUUCUAUCCUCAUACUCCUCACGGAUGGAGACCCAACCUCAGGUUAA